GUCACGGGUUCCUGAUUCCGGAUGUGCAGUUGUGAGACGGUAGAGGGAAUAGUCGGGUCCCCCGGCUGGUGUAGUGACUGUUCCUGUGUGCGCUCCCCGCCCGUGUCUGGCCUGACAUAUGAGUGUAUCACUGGUUGUCGUCCGGCUGGAGCUUGCGGAUCAUUCUCCUUCUCCUGUGGGCUUCCAAUACCGUGCUGCCACGGAGAUGUCUGAUGAGGAAAUUAAAGAGAAGACGUUACAUGCUGCUGCAGGCUACUUGGAUGGAAAGACGCCUGUGGAAAAGGCAGCAAUUCUGCAUCAGCACAUUGGAAGAAGGGAAAUGACUGAUGUGAUAAUAGAAACCAUAGGUCCAAAUACAGAUGCACCAAAGGGCUCCGAUCCAGAGAAUUCAGAAGAUUCAUCUGUAACCACUAACAAAACGGCUCCUGAUUCUCCCUCAAAACUGCUUCCUGAGCAGAUCACUUUCUUCAGUGGGAACCCCUCGGUGGAAAUAGUGCAUGGCAUUAUGCAUCUCUACAAAACAAAUAAGAUGACCUCACUGAAAGAGGAUGUCCGACGCAGCGCAAUGCUUUGUAUUCUUACCGUUCCAGCAGCAAUGACAAGCCACGAUUUGAUGAAAUUUGUGGCCCCGUUUAAUGAAGUUAUCGAACAUAUGAAAAUCAUUCGGGACUCCACACCCAAUCAGUACAUGGUUCUCAUAAAAUUCAGUUCCCAGGCAGAGGCAGAUAGCUUUUACAUAGAAAGCAAUGGACGCCAGUUCAAUUCUAUAGAAGAUGAUGUUUGUCAGCUGGUCUAUGUGGAAAGAGCAGAAGUUUUAAAGUCUGAAGAUGGUGCCAGUCUGCCAGUGAUGGAUCUGACGGAGCUCCCUAAGUGCACUGUGUGCCUAGAGAGGAUGGACGAGUCUGUAAAUGGUAUUCUGACAACGCUGUGCAAUCACAGCUUCCACAGCCAAUGUUUGCAGCGAUGGGAUGACACCACAUGUCCGGUGUGUAGAUACUGCCAAACCCCAGAACCAGUGGAGGAAAACAAAUGCUUUGAGUGUGGUGUACAGGAAAACCUCUGGAUCUGUUUAAUAUGUGGUCACAUUGGCUGUGGUAGAUAUGUUAGCAGACAUGCCUAUAAACAUUUUGAGGAGACGCAGCAUACUUACGCAAUGCAGCUUACCAAUCACAGAGUCUGGGAUUAUGCUGGGGACAACUAUGUUCAUCGCCUGGUUGCUAGCAAGACCGAUGGAAAAAUAGUUCAGUAUGAAUGUGAGGGAGACACGUGUCAGGAGGAGAAGAUAGAUUCUCUGCAGUUAGAGUAUUCAUAUCUGCUUACUAGCCAGCUGGAAUCUCAGCGCAUCUACUGGGAAAACAAGAUUGUGCGUUUGGAGAAGGAUACAGCAGAUGAGAUUAACAACAUGAAAGCGAAGUUCAAGGAGACAAUAGAUAAGUGUGACAGCCUGGAGCACAGGCUAAAUGAUAUUCUCAAGGAGAAACAAACUGCGGAAAGAAAGUGUACCCAGCUAAACACAAAGUUGUCUAAGAUAUCCAAUGAGCUGAAGGAAGAACAGGAAAUGAACAAGUGCCUCAGAGCCAACCAGGCAGUGCUCCAAACCAAACUGAGAGAGGAGGAGAAUAUGCGGAAAGAAGUUGGUGAGCAGAAAGAUCUUCAGAUCGUGGAAAUGCAGGAACAACUGCGAGAUGUCAUGUUCUACUUGGAAGCUCAGAGAAAAAUCAACCAAAUGCCAGAAGAUGCUCGGCAGGAGAUUCAAGAUGGUCAGAUUAACAUAGCUGUGGCAUCAUCUAGUUCACCUCAGACAUCAGGCAAAUCGCGAAAGGGGCGUGGAAAAAGAGGCAAAUAGCAAUGGGCGUUAUUUUGAUUCUAUAUCCUCACAGAUAUCUCUUUGGGUCAUCUGUUUUCCAUUCGGAAUGGGAUGAAGGAAUGUCGCCCCCAAAAAAAUCCCACCAGCUUGAUUGCUGGCAUAUGAGAAUCCCAGAGUCCUUUAUUUAUAGCACAUUUCUAAUAUAGUUUCUGGUACAAAAUGAUGAAAGAUAUCAACGGCAAUGCUUUCUAUUUUAAAUAAGCUGUUAAGCCUCCUGCCUUAUGUACUCUGUUAUAAAAAAGCUUCAAUCUUCCAAUUUUCAUGACUUAUUUUAAAGUCGUGCUUAUUGAACUUCUGUUUCACUGUAAUCUCUUCCCUUCUAAAAGAGGGUGAUGUUAAUAUGGUAUAACAACAAUGCCAUAAAGACAUAAUGUAACUUAUAUGUUAAAAUGGAAUGGAGAUGCUAAAAUCCGUGUGCUAUCUUUUAGCUUAAAUAAACAGAGAACAGCUAAUUUUAUUUUCAGUACAAAAUUACAAUUUUGCAGUUUGUAAGAUAUGAAUGGUAUUUCAUGGGAAACAAAUUGUUUUACUUGAUAAUGGCAGAACCAAUACGCAGAAACUAAUAGCAGACAAACGAAUCUAAGUAUUUAUUGGUUCAACAGUUUGAACAGUAAAAUAUGAUUUCUGAUUGCUUGCUAUGCAUUACUGCACUUUGCACACUGCAUGUUGCCUUAUUAAAUAGGGGAGAGAGUUAUUACAAAAUGUGUAACUGUAAAUAAGUUGGCUCAAGACAUUUUCAGACAGAAUUUGUUCAGAAUUGAAAAUUAAACUUGAACCAUACAGUUUACUAAAGUGGCAAUUCAAAUGCAUGUGUACUGGAAAUGGCAAGAGUAGUAUGGAUACUUUAUCCAUAUACAACGCUCCAUUUUAUAAUGUACAUGUUACGGCACUCCAUCUCAGAAUGUACAUGUUGUCAAAAGCAGAAUUUGCAAAGCAGAGAAAACAUUUUUUUGGAUUUAAGGCAGAAGACCUGACAAUUCUCAAUUUAUUAAUAUUAUGCAAAAUUAAAAGUUUUUAUCUGUCUGUUUUUUGGACGCACCAUUUAAACCACUAGAAACAUACCCUCAGCUUUUUAUGUUGUAACUUUCAAGGCUAGCUAUUGUUACCGCUCAGGAUUAAUAUACAGUAUAGGUAUAUUAUACAUGUUUUUGCUGCUAGUCUUAUACUUUGAGAGUUAUAAUUCAACAAACUGACACCACAACAGAGGGAAAAUCCAGCUUGUAAAGGUUCAGCUUUAUAUUGAACUGCAUUGUGUGUUUUUUCCAAGACUAGAAAAAGCAAGAUGCCACCUAAACCUAUUUUUCAUGCCCUAGGUCCAUUAUAUAUUCUGAAUAGUCUUGAGGCAGAAGUAGUUUUUAAUUUGGACUUUUUUGUGGAGUUUGGCUCAAAGAUUUGAGCAGUAAUCCUAUGCUGUUGAAUAUUAUUCUUUGGCACACAUAAUGUUCUUGUUGUAACACAAUUUUAACUCCAUACAGUCAAUAGUUUUGCAUCGUGUAACUAUUGACAGCAAACAAUAGCUGGCAUGUUACAAUUCAACAAAUUAAAAAUCUGGAAUUAAUUCAGCUGAUGUUCCAGAUGGCUUAUAGAAGUGUCCUCCCACAAUUGUUCCUUUUAGUUACAAGGGCCCUCUGUUGGUUCUCUGACAUUAGGCCUUUAUUAUUGCAGUUGUAAUAGUUUAAAUUUAAAUGUGUUGUACAAUAUAUAAGUACUCUAGUGCAAUCUGAAUAACUCCUAGAGGUGCUGCCUUCCUGUCCUAAUUGUAUUUAUUUGUAAAAGAACAUUUUAAGUUGCCUAUUGAAUUUUUCUGUCACUUGUACAGAAUGUCUGCAUGUAUACUUUUUGGGUUUUAUCUUAGUUUCUUAUAUUUAAGUUUGCUCUUGAUGUUUUUUCCUGAUGCAAAGAAUAAACCAGUUCCUAAUUUAUAAACCAUA